GUGCUGGGGAGAGCGCGCGGGGAUUGGCUGCUUUAUUUUAGCGAAGCCUGCAAGGACCAAAAAGGGACGAAUUAUUUUUGGGGGAACGAAGGACCCUUUGCCCACAGCGGAACAUUUCUUAGCGGUUUAUUUUUAGGAAUGUUUGUUUUUGUGCGUUUGUUGAGUUAAAACAGUGCACUGUCUCUCGACUCUGCCAUACACUGUCAUUACGUGAAGCUUUGUUUAAAAAUGUAAAAUGGACUGCCCGAGUCCUUGUUUUACGCUGCACACAGGAGGGUUUUUUCCCUUUGCCUGCAGUCAGUUCUCGAGCCCUUUUAAAUUAUCUGUGUUUACGGCUAAAUAUAAGUUCCUCAGAACUCUUCGUACAACACUCACGGCUGCCAAAUUAUGUCUGUGCAGAUGCUUUUGGCAGCGCGGAGCCACUGCGGGUCCUGGUGACAGCAAUGUAAACUUGGAGUCUGCAGAGUCUCACAAGCCCUGUAAAAUGGAGGAGCUGUACAAGGACACCCAAAACCUGCCCAUGGACGUUACCAGCUCGCCUUCCACGAUCGCCAACAACAAACUCGAAAACGGGGUCGCGCAGCUGAUAACGGCGGAGGCCUGGAACAUCAACUCGACGGACCUGAUGAAGAAAGCGCUUUCCCCGCUGGUGACGGUGCCCGCUCCCUCCAUCCUCACGCCGCCGGCCGAGUCGCAGAGCGGGGUGGCGCUCAAGGUGGCCGCCACCGUGCUGCAGCCCAUCUGCCUGGGGGACAGCCCCGUGGUGCUGCCCAUUCACCUGCAGGUCGCCGGCAGCGCCACGCCGCCGCAGGAAUCAAAGCCCUUCGACUUCAUCCACCAGCGGGAGUUUUCCCAGCUCAAUCGCCACACGGUCAUCAAGAUGAGCAACGAGAACGAGGCCCUGGACCUCUCCAUGAAAACGGCACCCUUGCUCAAGGCCAGCAAAGCCAGCCUGCAGGUACCGCCAGAAGACGGGGCGUUGGACCUGUCGCUGGCGUCGUGCCGCAAGACGGGCAGUAGCGGGGGCCACGCUGAAGCAGCCGGUGCCAUCUGCUCCGGCUCCAUGCUGGACAGUGCCGCUCAUGCCGUGCUGGACAAGCUCUCCAGCGCGACAACCCCCUUCACCUCUUCCAAACCACACGAAACCUCAGCCAAGGUCGACGGCCGGAUCAUGGGUAACAGCUCGGCCGAGCUCCUGCGACAGCAGCAGAAGUGGCUGGGGGGGCGCAGAACAGCCUGUGAGCCAAAGGCCGGCAAUAAUAUCGAGAUAGUAAGCACGUCACAGACAGCCAAAGUGAUAGUGUCCGUCAAAGAUGCUGUGCCCACUAUUUUCUGUGGCAAGAUCAAAGGCCUCUCGGGAGUAUCCACUAAAAACUUUUCCUUCAAAAGGGACAUGCCCCAGGACUCUGUGCUGCAGUGUUACGACGUGAAGAACCAGCCGGAGCCUAGGGAUAACGCAGAAGCUCUUAGGAAGCCCGUAAAAAACAGGAGUGUAAAGUUAAAGAAAAUGAACUCGCCAGAAAUACAUAUUCUUCCAAUCAAAAAGCAACGGCUUGCUGCCUUUUUUCCAAGAAAGUAAAUUAUGGGUUUUUAGAAUUUUAAGAUUAUUAUGAAAAAAAUAAUAAAAAAGAUGCACUUGGUUUUAAACUCAUUUAAAACUUUAAACUAUCUUUGUAAGUUAUUUUUGGGGGAAGGGGGAGAGGAUCAGAUGUAGAUUCCCUAUAAGCUGGGCUUUUUUCUUUUGUUUUUUGUUAUCAAAUUUUGACUUUUCAUGAAAAACUGAAUAAAAAGCAACCUAUUUUUCAAGCAGAUUGCACAUUUUGCAGCUUUAAUGGAAUAAUGGAUGAGUCAGAGGGGUAAGAGCUAUUUUCACUGCCAUAAAGUGCUUUGAUGUAAUUCUUCAUAACAGUUAGAAUGGAAAUUUCAAAAUAAAUGUUUGUACGUGCUAA